UUAUCCUCGAUACAUAGUGCUGAAACGAAGGCAUGCAGAACAUUUUCUUUUUUUUCCACAUAGGCGGCAGAAAGUCGCCUCUUAAUUCGUAUGGUUUGAAAGGAGAAGCAAUGGCACCUUUUUAACGACCCUCUCCUGCCUUCUCACCUAUCCAUUGAUACCAUUGACGAAAGAGUACCUCUGCAAUUCUACAGACUGCAGGGCAGGUAGAGGCAAUGGCUAUGAGUUAUUUGGAACUAACUUUCUUCCUCUCAUGUCUUCUCAUACAGCUUGUUCCAUUCACUGUUGCCCAGUAUUUCCCUAAAGAAGAAUGCAUUUCAGAUAGAGGUAACUACACCGAUAACAGUACAUACCAGGCAGACCUCAAUAGCCUCCUGACUUCCUUCUCAAACACCCAAGUUGAGUAUGGGUUUUACAAUUCCUCUGUUGGUGAGGUGAACGGAAUCGGACUCUGUAGAGGGGAUCUCACGCCGGAUACAUGUCGUAGUUGUAUCAAUAACUCCAGCCAGGACAUUCAACGAUUAUGUCCCAACUACAAGGAGGCAGUUUUAUAUUACGAUCUUUGCAUGUUACGAUACUCUGACCGCUCCAUAUUUGGCACAGUAGAAACUUCGCAUUCUUAUGGUCUGGUAAACGGCCAAAAUUUCUCCGACAUCGACCGCUCCGUAGAGGAGCGGGACAACUUGUUGCUCGACCUCCAAGAAAAAGCCGCGUCUGGUGGUCCUCUUCUAAAGUAUGCAACAAACGAGACAUCGGCUGGUUCAGAAACCAUAUAUGGACUUGCCCAGUGCACGCCUGAUUUAGAAGAUCAGGAAUGCAGUAACUGUCUAGCCGUCCUUAAUAGUAUCUAUGCCGAUUCUUUUAAGUAUAAGCAAGGAGGGAACGCUAAGGCACCAAGCUGUAACUUUAGGUACGAGAUCUAUUCGUUCUAUGACCCUCUCCCUGAUGCACCGGCACCAUCUCCAACUAAUUCUUCUCCUCCGCCGCCAAAUGAUGUCACUACUGGAGACGGAAAAAGUAACAGAACGCGAACCAUAAUUAUCGUUGUUAUAGCAACUGUUGUUUCUGUGAUACUCAUCUCCUGCAUCUGCAUCUGCAUCUUUUUGAGAAUGAGAAAGCCAAAAGACAAAGAUGAACCUGAAGAUGAAAUUUUGAGCGUGGAAUCCUUGCAAUUCAACCUUGGUCCUAUUAGAAAUGCAACGAAAAACUUUUCUGAUUCUAAUAAGCUUGGACAAGGAGGAUUUGGAGCUGUUUACAAGGGUACACUUUCCAAUGGACAAGAUAUAGCCGUGAAAAGGUUGUCCAAGGGCUCUGGACAAGGAGAAUUAGAAUUCAAGAAUGAAGUUCUAUUAGUGGCCAAGCUUCAACAUAGAAAUUUGGUUAGACUCCUAGGUUUCUGCUUAGAAGGAAUAGAAAGACUUCUCAUCUAUGAGUUUGUGCCUAAUACAAGUCUCGAUCAUUUUCUAUUUGAUCCUAUUAAGCGUCUGCAAUUAUAUUGGGAAAGGCGUUACAAAAUUAUAGUUGGCAUUGCUCGAGGACUUUUGUAUCUCCAUGAAGAUUCUCGACUUCGAAUUAUUCAUCGUGACCUCAAAGCUAGCAAUAUUUUGCUAGAUAAAGAAAUGAAUCCUAAAAUUGCAGAUUUUGGUAUGGCAAAGAUAUUUUCAUUGGAUCAAACUCAAGGUGAUACAAGUAGGAUUGUGGGAACCUAUGGAUAUAUGGCUCCAGAGUAUGCAAUGCAUGGGAAUUUCUCAGUUAAGUCAGAUGUCUUUAGUUUUGGUGUGCUGGUUUUAGAAAUUAUUAGCGGUCAAAAGAACUCUUGUUUCCGCAAUGGGGAGAAUGUGGAAGACCUUAUAAGCUUUGCAUGGAGAAGUUGGAGGGAUGGGUCAGCUCCAAAUGUGAUAGAUCCUUCGGUGAGCUCUGGCUCAAGAAGUGAAAUUAUGAGAUGCAUACAUAUUGGGUUGUUAUGUGUUCAAGAAAAUGUAGCUGACAGACCCACAAUGGCUUCAGUUGUUCUCAUGCUUAGUAGCUACUCUAUCACUCUCCCAUUACCUUCACAACCUGCUUUUUUUAUGCACAGUAGCAUGGACACAGAGGCACCCUUGCUGCAGGACUCUGAUUCUGGGGCAACUAGGUCUUCUGAUAAUGCUUUGUCCGUCAAUGAUGCUUCAAUUACUGAGCUCCACCCUCGUUAGUGUUGUGGGGAAGCAGGUUAUAUAUGUUGAAAUGUGACUCUUCUUUGUUUUCUUUGUUCCAGAUCAAUUUCUAUGACCCCAUUUAUUUUGCAUAUCAAAUCGAUCUUGAUUUUUGCUUUCUUGAA